AUGUUGGCAACGUUACUGGUAUUAUUUUUAUUUUUUAUUUCAAAUUCUGCUGCUGAAAUUGAUAAUUCUACUAUGACAAAUAUCGAUUUAUUGCCAUCGAAGAAUAUCAAAGUUGGUCGAUUAAUACCAGCACAUUAUUAUUUAGAAGAAGAUAUUAUGUCGGGUUAUAAAAAAGCUCUUAUUCCAAAAGUGAGAAGAGAAGAUCCAAUAAAUGUUUCUUUUUCAAUUCAAUUAUAUCAAAUUAUUCAAGUUGUGAGUUUUUUCCGGAGAAUUUUUGAUAGAUUUGAGACAACGUAACCAUAUUUUUUAUCUGAAUUGGACCGCCUUGCAUUUUUCGAGUAAAAUUCUGAACUUGAAAAACUAGUUUAAUUCUGAUUUUUUCGCCAAAAAAACAUAUUUUUAAGCAACCAAUUCUCACUGAAAAUCCACCCUGUUUCAGCUUUUCAAACCAGAAAAAUGUUUCAAAAAAAAUCUAAACUACGUUUUCUUCCAGAAUGAACCCCAACAAUUUCUACUUCUGAAUGCAUGGGUUGUGGAGGUUUGUUUUUCCCAUAAAAAAUAUAUAGAUCAUAAAUUCAUGACGUCAUUCAGAGUUGGACCGAUCAAAUGCUUGGCUGGAAUGAAUCAAUUCACAAUGAUACAGAGAUUUUAGUUCGACAUGAUGAUGUUUGGCUGCCAGAUACAACUCUUUAUAACUCGUCAGUAUUUUUCAACAACUGUCAAGUUCUAACAAAAUUUUUCAGACUUGAAAUGGAUGACUCUGCGGCUAGAAAAUUGACGCAUGUCAAACUGACAAAUCUUGGUUUAGAUAAAGGUGCAAAGGUUGAUAUGUUAUAUCCUACAAUUUAUAAGAUCAGUUGCUUGCUGAACUUGAAAUUCUUCCCAUUUGAUUUGCAGGUUAGCAUUUUAUGACUACUUCUUUUUACAAAAAAUAAGUGACGGAACCCAUUAAUUCUCUUUUCUUAUAUGAGAUCUCAUAAAGUCAGAAUUACUUAUACGACCUUUUUUUCUUCAUUUUUUGAUGGAUUAAAGUGCGUGUGGUAUGGAAUAAAAGACAAAAGUAUAAUAUGAAAUUUUGAUGAAAUUCGAAUUUUUUUUUGUAGAAAUGUCGAAUGACUUUUGGCAGUUGGAGUUAUGAUAACACAUUAAUUGAUUAUUAUCCAUUGAAGAAUUUGAAAGAUGCAAUUGGAUUAUCCAAUUUUUUAGAAAAUGACGCUUGGUCGGUUGUUUCUACUCAUGGUAUGUUUUAUUCGAAAAUACAUUUAAUUACUUGAUGAGAAUAACAGCAAAAAAGGUCGAGUCUAUUAUUUUAAUAGAUAUUGUGAGCAACAUUUUUGUGAGCUUUGGGGCAAAAUUGAAUUUCGCUUCAAAUUGAGUGGUUCAAUGAUUUGUUCUAUGAUCCGAUAAUUUUUGAAAAUCCAUUUUGCAAGAGCAGGUUCUAUGAAGAAGAGAAUUGCGUGACGAUUUGGGGAACAAUAAAAUCCACUUUUUGUUGCGGAAAAACUGAAGAUUUUGUAGAAAAAAACAAGUACCAUAAGUUUUGCAAAAGCAAAUGCAUAAGAAACGAUGAUUGAAAAAACAAAAUAAGACAAAGAACCAAACUAUAUUAUGUUUGAAAUAUAUAGAACGCUUCAGAAGUGUAAGGAAGGAAACACUUGGAAGUAGGAGAAUUUUAAAAUGUUUUGAGAAGGUCGAAGAAGGCUCUACAAAGUUGUACAAUUAUAAUUCAGAUUGACUAUGUUUUUGAACUGUUCUAGUGAUAUUUAAAACAGCCGAAAUUCUAGUGAAAAACUUUUCAAAAUUUCUAUUAGUAGUUAAACCAUUCUGUUUUGUUUUUCAAAAAAAUUCCUAAUAACUCAAUUUGCAGUUAUUCGAGAAGAGAAAAAGUACGAAUGUUGCCCAAAUAAUUAUACAAUGCUCAAUUAUCACAUAAUAAUUCGUCGAAAACCACUGUAUUAUGUUCUCAAUUUAAUUGCACCAACUGCAGUCAUCACUUUCAUUUCGAUUAUUGGAUUUUUCACGUCAGUCAAUCCGUUUGACUUUUCUGUGUGCGUUAGCUAAUGUGAUGUGGUUUUUAUUAAAACUUCUCAAAAAAAAAUAUUAUUUAACACAAUUUUCAGCACAAAUUCCACAGGGAUUAUUCAUUUUCUUUAACACACCUUUUGUUAUUCUUAUUAUGUUACUAGAAACGCUCAUUAUUAGUUAAUAGAUUGUGUUAAUGCUUGAAAUGGCAACCCACCCAUUAAAUUUCAAUUUUCGUUUUCAGAUCAAGUUCGGUUCAUGAUUUACGUCAAGAAAAAAUCACCCUUGGAAUCACAACCCUUCUUUCAAUGUCAAUUAUGAUAUUCAUGGUUUCCGAUAAAAUGCCAUCAACUUCAACUUGUGUUCCUUUAAUCGGAAUAUUCUAUACACUUAUGAUAACUAUUAUAUCCUUAGGAACUCUUGCUGCAUCAGCUGUUAUUUUCAUUCAAAAACUAGGUGGUGUUGGAAUACCUCCAUCUCCAUCAACAAUGAAAUGGACACAUCGAUUAGCACCAUUUGUAUGGAUUGAAAUGCCUUUGGUUAUGAAACAGGCAUAUGCAAAAAAAGCAAAAGAAGAGAAAAUAAGAAAAAGACAAUUGAGAAAAGAAAGUAUGUGGUCAAGAGUUUAUAAAAUUGCAAGGGAUUCUUCGAGAACUAAAUUAUCAACUGCUACAACACCAAAUUUCAAAAUAUCUCUUCCACAUGAAUAUGAACCAAAGAAAGAAUCAUCAAUUACAACAAUGACUACAGCUAUGGGUAUGUCUAGAAAUCUUAGAAGAAAACUUGAAAAUAUGACUAUUAUUUUCAGAUGAAUCAUUAACAAUCGAAAGUUUUACUGCUCCAAUUGAUGAUAUUGAAAUGCUCAACAGAAAAACAAUAAAUCAUUCAGAAAGUAGUCAAAGUCUAACUUUGAAACCAGUCGAAGUACAAGUAUCACCUCAUACAACUCGAAAUAUUGUUGAACUUGAAUGGGAUUGGGUUGCUGCUGUUGCUGAGAGAUGUUUCCUUGUUCUUUUCAUUAUUCUUUUCCUAUUUUCAUCAAUCGGUGUCAAUUUAAUAGGUUAUUUUUAUUGGUUAUUAGAACAAAAAGAUAUCGAACAUUUUGACUAUGAUCUUAAUAUUUAGAAUUUCCGGCUACUUUUUUUUUCUAAAAACAUUGUGUUCCAAUUACGUUGUAUUCAAUGGUUGUCUGUAUUUAUAAACGUUUUUGAGCUUUAUAAUUUCCAGAUGUCAAUUUAUUGUGCAAAAAAUCAGGAAACGUGUUUUGAUCUAAAAAAAAUGAAAGAAAAAGAGAACUACGAUCGAAAAAUUAGCGGAACAACGGAAGAAAAAAAAAAGAAUCGGCUUAAAAACUUUCUAAUUAGAUCUGAUUGACACCUGAAAAAAUUUAAUGAGAAUGAGGAACACGACAAAUUUUGUUCCUUGAAAUGAAGAAAAAAACGUCUAUAUCUUGAUGGAAAAAUAUUGGAUAACCUAAGUUUUUAAUUAUUGAGAUUUUAGUUAACUUUUCUAUGGUUAUUCCAAAGAGAAAGAUUUCCUACUUAUGAACAUACGCUAACUAAAAAGCUCGCACAACAUUGAAGCUUCUGAUGAAGCUGAGAAUUUAUCACAUUCGGAAUUUAAAUUUCAACUUUUUUUUCAAGUUUUAAAAACAUACAUCAGUUUCUCCCGGUCAGGGCCUCAAAAUUAGCAACCCCCGGAAUGUGAAAAUACAAAAAUAAGCCAGACCCCCUCAAAAAAAAAAGAAAAAACUUGGUUUUUGCGGUGUAAAUUGUUAUUUUUUCAAAAAGUUAGCCGGCCCCACCCUUUUUUUCCAAAGUUAGCCAGACCCCCUCCGGACGAAAAUCCGGGGUUACUGAUGUAUGUUUAAAAACUCCUGUGAGUUUUGAAAUCGUUGAUAAAUUCAAGAUUGAAAUUGAAAACAAUUCCCAGAUUAAGAUUCUUUGGAAAAUUUCAGAUUGAAAACACAGUAACAUAUUUCCUCUCUCCCAGAACUUUUUGAACGUGACAUCUAAUCUCUCAAAUAUUAAAUCGCAAAAAAUCCAUGCUGGCGAAGCAUUGUUUUCCCCCGAAUUAUUUCUAAUAAAAAAUAAAGAUCAGAUAACAACACUUAUAGGCGGAUUCAGCAGACAUCUUUGUGAAGGUACAAAAAGUUGAAGAAACAAUAUUUUGGCCUCAUUUUUUGGGCUGCUUCCAAACAGAAAUGAUGAUUCGAAAAUGGUAUCAAUUUUUUCGAAGAAAACCCCUCUUUAUUAUUCCUUUGUGUAUUUUUGCUAUAUACAUCCCAGUAAGCACUGUUUAUACGGUAAUUGCUUUUCAACGUGUUGAACUGUAUGUUUUAAAUUGAAUUUUAUUUUUCUUAAUUUUAAGUUACUUACAGCCAACCAGUUGAAAGGGAUGAUUUCAAAGCAUUUAUCACAUCUUCAUAUUUUUAUCCAAAAUCCAAAAGCUUGGGAGAUAAUUCAUUAGCCUUAGUUAUGCUUAUAAACCAACACUCGAAAAAUCCUCGUUUCAAUUCACUCAUUCAACCCGAAAUAUUAAUCGACGCUGAUAAUGGUACAAAUAGUAUGAUGAUUAAAACAAAUUAUACAAGAGUUACUCCUCAUGCUGUUUGUAAUAUGAUAACUGUUUUCGCAACUGUUCAACUUUUACCAAACACAAAUUUAAUAUAUCUUCAUGGAAAUAAUGGUUCGGUUGCGAUUCCAUUUGAAAUUCCUCCAAGUGUUCAACGUGAUGUUGUUGUUUGUAUUUCUCCACUUUUUAUUAGUGAACAAUGGCAAAACUUUUUAUUCGCAGUUCAUAUUUAUAAAAAAUUCGGUGCAUUUGUUAAUUUAUAUUUGAUAAGUGCAGUCGAUUCAUUUUAUUAUUUGAUGAAAGAAUACGAAGAUCAAGUUAGUUUGUCAGAAAAAACUAGAAAACAUAUAUAAUUUGCAGGAUUAUCUAACAGUUCAACCAUGGAUUAGUGCGAAAUUUCACAAAGUUAAUCCAGAUGUUGCAGAUCCUUACAAUGAUGUUGAAUUCAGAAAUCAAGCUGGAUCUCAAACGGAUUGUCUAUUGAAGUACAAAGUGAGUAGAUUCAUAACUUUUAGAAAAAAAUUGAUCAAAAUAAUUAUAGGAAUCAGCAAAAUAUGUGACAUUUUUGGAUCUCGAUGAUGUUUUGAUACCUCGAUUAGCUCCGACAUAUUUAGAAGAGUUCCGAAUAAUUUCUAGACUGAAUCCAGGAAAAUCAAUGCUUCAUUAUCACAAAGAAAAUCAUGCAGUAACAACAGUCAGCAAUUCGAAUAUGUUUUCAUUUUCAAAAAUGUUCCGAUCACUGAAACAUUAUCCAGUACAAGAAACUGGAAAAAUUGUAUUGGAUCCUAGAUAUUUGAAUUUCACAUGGAUUCAUUGGCCACCAAAAAUGCCUGAUGGUCUUACAAAGUGAGUUAAACUAACUAAGAACUUAUUUUAUUUCACAAUUCGAAAAAAAAUGAAUUUACAGAAUAAUUGUGGAUGAUAAUUCAAUAACUCAUUUGAAAAAGAUUCGAUGGAUGGAAGAUUAUUCAAAAGAAUCAAAUCAAAGCAGCAAAGCUCAUCCUAUUCUUAACAACAUUGUGAUGGAAGAAAUUGAAGAAGAUUGGAUGAGAAUGAAAAAUGCAUCAAAAGUUGUUUCAUAUUUGCCAAAACAUAAAUUCUAUUUCAAUGUUAUUCGACAAUGUUACGACAAAAAGUAUUAUUCACUACAUUAUUCGGGUAGAACAAGUGAAAUAAAAUGUCCGGGACCACAAUUAUGUGAUUAUCCACAAAGAGAUGAAAUUGAAUGUAUGCAUGUUGAUGCAAAUUAUGCAAGUGUUCCAACUAUUGAUCCUAUUACAUUUUACUAUGCAACAAAUCACAAAUUCAGUAAAGAUAUCGGAUGUUUACCUCAUUAA